CAGAACUCGCGGAAUCUGCGACGUCUUGCUGGUGAUCACGCGGCUCUACACAACAAUCCAUUACCACCAAAUUAUCUCUUUGACCCAACAUCAACAUCAGAUUCAGAACUCACAGCCCUGGAUAUACUGCUAGCAGGUCCACGCGCUACACCCUACGAAACUGGUGUUUUCAAACUUCAUCUCACAAUUCCUACUACAUAUCCUCAGGAACCACCGAAAGCCUUUUUCCGGACCAAAAUCUUCCAUCCUAAUGUCGACGAUGGAACAGGAGCUGUUUGUGUGGAAACACUGAAACGAGAUUGGGAUCAGAAAUUGACGUUAAGAGAUGUUUUGGUCACGAUAUGCUGUUUGCUGGUUCAACCCAACGCGAGCAGUGCAUUGAAUGCUGAGGCGGGUAUGUUCCUGGAGCAGGGAGAUUGGAGCCAGUUUGAAAGGAGGGCGAGGAUGAUGACGAGGUUGCAGGCAGGUGUGCCGAAACACCUUAAGGAGGCUGUU